CGCAAGCUCGCCGUGCUGUCCGACAGCGAUCCGCUGUGAUCCACACACAUGGUUCUGCCUCUCGUCCCGCUCGCGGUCUCUGCCGGCGGCGCAGCUGUCGCUGGCGUCAGCGGCUGGGCGUUUGUGCAGUAUGACAAGCUCACCACGCAGUUUGCCCAGCAGCAGGCGCAGCUCCACCAGCUUCAGCUCUCUGCCGAGAGCGUGCAGACACGCACGCUUUGGAGCGAGCUCCUCGAGCCCGUGGCCAAGCGCUGGGGCGGCGCGCUGAAGCUGAUUGCUUACUCGCUCUGCGCCGUCUCCGGCACAAUCAUCGUCGUCGGACUCGGGCGCGCGACGCCGACGACGCUGCAGCCUCUAAAGGCCCACCGCCUCGCCCUCCGCCUCCUCUCCGGAGAGGUUCGCCACAACCUCGCGAACCGCGCCACUCGGCGGCCGAGGCCGACACGAGGCGCCGCGUCGGCCGCCUCUGGCCGGACCACGCUGCCCAGCGCUGGCGGCUCCAAACGCACAGCCUCGGGCCGGCAGACGCGUAAAUUCCCGCCCGAUUGGCAGCGCCGGCGUAAGCACGGUGGUGAGAACACGGCGUCGCCGCCGGGCACGGUCUCGCUGCGGAAGAAGCUCAACCGCUGCGCCCAGGCGCGCAACGUCAAAGGCGCGCUCGCGCUGUUCGCGUCCGAGGCCGAGUCGGGCGGCGUGGUGCCGGACACGCGCUCGUACAACGUGCUGCUCGGGAUGCUGGUGGAGCGGCCAGACGAGUGGUGGCGCGUCCGGCGGCACAUGGCCGCCGCCGGCCUUCCGCCAGACGAGGCGACAAUCUCGCUCGAGGUGCGAGCCCUGGUCAACACGGGAGAUCUGGACGCCGCCGCCGAGACCGUCGCCGCAGCCGCCGCGCGCGGCAUGCCAGCAAGGCGGCGGACCUUUGCGUCGCUCCUCGAGGCGCUCUGCGGCGCCGGCAGGCUGUCGGCCGCGGCGCGGAUCGUCGUCUCGAUGCGGCGGCAGCGGAUACCGCCAGGCGAGGAGCUGCUCGUUUCCCUCGCGUCGCUCUGCGCGAAGGCGGCGGCGCGAGGCGCACUUGCUGAGCUGGCGCAGGCAGCGGGCCGCGGCGGCGCCUCGCGGCCUGCCGCCGCCGCCGCCGGCAGCGGCAGUGAUUGCAGCAGCAGCGGCGGCGGCGUCGGCGGCGGCGUCGGUGAUGGUGGUGGUGGCGGCGGCGGCGGCAGUGGCGGCAGUGGCGGCGGCGGUGAUGGUGGUGGUGGCGGCGGCGGCGGCAGUGGCGGCAGUGGCGGCGGCGGUGAUGGGGAUGGUU